AUUUUAGUGAGCCAUUCACACACUGACACUAUAAAUCUGAUUUUUUUUCUCACUCAGAAAGUCGAUUGCUGCCUCCCCUCACACGCACUUUUCAUCGGUUUGGAGGCUCAAAGAGUGGUUCGGCUUCAAUAAGUGGGGGAAUUUAAGUCAAUCAUGGCUGAGCUGUGAGUAUAACUGCCUUUGAUUUAUUUUAAUUUGUUCAUUGACGGCUUUGAAUAUAAUGUAUAAGUAUGUAUUAAUAUUUAUAAUGCAAAUAUGUUGAUGUGUAUUUUUUCUCUGUUGUUAAUGCACCAACAGACCUGUAAGUACAAAGUAUAUUCAAUAAACCCUUUUUCAAUCUUCUACUUAUCUAAUAAUUUAAAUAUAUAUAUAUGCAAAAGUAUUGUGCUAAACAAUAUAAAGUAUAUAUAAGUGGAAGGUAUUUAAUGUUUUUAUUGUAAAUUAUAGAGAAAAUCAAAGAUCUCCUCGUCUCGAAGGCUGGGGUUGAAGAUUAGACUGUUGGCAACCGCUGCUCAGAUGCUGCUGGACGAGACAGAGCAGAAGAAGAAGGACAAAGAAGCUGCUCUGGCAGAAAGAGUUCCUCCUCUGAAUCUGUCUGGUCUGUCUUUGCAAGAACUUCAGGAUCUUUGCAGAGACUUGCACCACAAAAUUGAUGUUGUAGAUGAGGAGUGGUAUGAUAUUGGUCUCAAGGUGUCCAAAAACGACAAGGAGAUUGAGAACAUGAACCUGAAGAUCAUUGAGAUUCAGAGUAAGUUCAAGAAGCCAGCUCUGAGGAGAGUGAAGAUCUCAGCUGAGGCUAUGCUGAGCGUUCUGCUGGGCUCCAAACACAAGGAGUCCAUCGACUUCAAGGCCAACCUCAAGACGGUCAAGAAGGAAGAGGAAAAGAAGGAGGAGGUGACUGACUGGCGUAAGAACGUUGAGGCCAUGUCUGGUAUGGAGGGCAGGAAGAAGCUGUUUGACGCCUCCGGCAACUAAAGAAACACCUACUAUUGUUAAGGAGAUCUUAAUAAACUCUUAACCUUACUUACUAUCUUAACUACCAUAUCAAUUUAUAAAUUACAGAUUGGACAAACACACUUAAAACUAGGACAGUGUUGCUUGUUAUAGUUUUAUUGAAAUCAUGAAAAAGUUUAUUUACAGAGGGACUGUAGGCAUCAGGUGGUCUUUAAUGGUUUGUUAAAUAGAAAAUUUGAGGUACACUGAUUUUGUGAUGAACUGCCAAGUUCGGACUGCAGACAAAUCAAAUUUGUUCCUCAAACCCGAUCUUUAAGACAGACUGUCCACACUGUUAUUUGCAAGUGAUCAGAUCGGACUCUUGAGUCCAGAAGGGACAAACCUACCUGCAGGGGUUGCUGUGGUAACAACAUGAAAUCAGUAACUAUGCAGCUACGCUGAUGAUGUGGCUUUCCAGUGCAGAAGCAUGAGAAAUGUGACCUAACAGGAACAAUGACUGUUUUCAACAUGGAAAAAAAGAUAAAUAAUCACCAAAGACGUUCAGUGUAGGAUUUAUCAAUAUGGAUUUAUUUUACUGAGUCUCUUACGAGACACUGCAGUUCAUAGUUGGAUUACAAAGCUUCUGGAAGGGAUAGGAUCGCACUAGAGCCUUCGCUGGAACUGUAUGAAAGUAAAAAUUAGCUUCUGGGCAAAAUUAAGUCCCUCCAAAACGCAAGGUGCACUGCACAGCCUUAUUUUUAAAAAAGUGAAUGCCACUAGUGAAAAAAAAAAAAAAAACAGGCUUGCUGAGCCUUUUUAUUGUUGCCAAGCAACCAUGGACUCCCCUCCUUAUUCUAACCUUCCUAUUUUAAUUUAUUUUAGUUAUUUGACAGUUAUUAGUAGCUAGUUUCUAAAAUGUUGAGGCAGAGGGUGCUUGCUGUAGCUCUGGUUGAGGAUGAGAGACUGUCAGCACAGGGACGCAACUUUUGGGCACAGGGAUAUGGAGGGUACAUGAGACCCUAAAAAAGAGGGUGGAGUACCACCAAUUGGUCCAGGAGCUUUGCCUCCAUGACGGCCGUUUCCAGGCAUAUUUUAGGAUGACUUCGGGGCAGUUUGAUAACCUGCUGUCUAUCGUUGGGCCGUAUAGCUCUGUGCAUCCAGCAACCCCUACCACCAGUUUCUCCUCUAUUGUUUAUCAACUGUAAACUUGUUGUCGUGACUACCACAGAAGGCCCAUCUCUCAACUCAUCUGAUUGGACAAUGGGAAAAAAGAUGACAAAAAAGAGAUUACAUGGGGCGUAUUUCCGCUCUGAGGUAAAGUUUUUUUCAACUCAAGGAGUUCAGCACACUCUGGCAAAAAUGCCAGGCGCAUAAAGCGCUGAAACAUGAAGCACGUCACAAUGCAAAAAACACGAGCAAAAAGCUUCAUUCUCAUUAAAAACAACUACAAAAAGGCGCCUCCAGCUGCUAAAACACCUACUGUGUUAUCAGGGCCUAAUGCAGCCCUCUAGAGAUAUUUAAUGUUAGUAAUGUUAUGUGAUGUUUGACAUCAUCAACCAACCUUCUAAAGUGUCCAGUAUGUCAGAUUUUCUUUCAUCAGUCCUGUUCAGUGGUUGGUGGCAAGACAGACUCGCAAAAGCAGCUCAGCUAGAAAAGCUCUGUGAUACACUGAUGUUGCAAAAAAGACACAUUGAAACCAGAUCAAUCUGGAUACAGUAUGGAUAUGCCAAAUAACAGAUUUGGGUUGACAGUCAGAACAGGGCCUGUGAUACAGUGACUGUUUGCAGUAGUUCUCGUCUGCAGCCUUGUGAUGGCAGCAUAACUCUUUCAAACUAUCACUCAGACACUUCUGGACCUACUGUAUUAUACUGUCCCUCGUAAAUUAACAACUGCUAGUGUGUUAUCUGCUGUGAUAAACUGCCAUCUGGCUUAUCAGACACUCAAAGUGUACAGCCCAUUAAAGCUAUGAUGCUAUUAAUUAAAUAGUAUGAUUGCACACUUUGUUAGGAUUAUUGCACUGGGAGUAUGUUAUCUUCACAUUUGGUUUACUUGAGACAAACAUGAAACCACCAAUGUUCUCUCAAUAAAAA